GCCUUUGGUGUCUUUCAGACAUACUAUGGUACCUUUUUGCACGGCCGUUCCUCCUCCGACAUCUCGUGGAUCGGCUCCAUUUCCAUCUUCCUGCUCUAUGGAGGCUCCUCAGUCACGGGCAUCCUCGUCGACAAGGUCCGCCCCACUGUACGUCCUGCUCCUGUCGCCUCGGCUCCGUGUUGACUCAAACCUCUCUCUUGUUUUGCGCCGUGCUAAAAAGGCUUGAUUUAGGUACUCGUGGUUGGGGGCAGCAUCAGCCUGGUCUUUGCCCUGUUCAUGACGUCGCUUUGCAAGCAGUACUACCAGCUCUUCUUGGCGCAGGGACUGCUCAUUGGUACAUCAAUGUCCUUCCUCUUCGUCCCCGCAGUUGCCGUCGUGUCUCGACGCUUGCCACACCGCCGCGGCUUGGCUCUGGGUAUUGUUGUUGGCGGAUCCGCCCUCGGUGGGGUCAUCUGGCCCAUCAUGCUGAACCAGCUGCUCAACCACAACGGCGUAAGCUUCGGGUGGAGCAUGCGUGUCGUUGCCUUUACCAUGAUUCCUCUUCUCGCGGUCACAUGCUUGACCGUCGUCGACGCGCCCAACGAUAGGCUCGCCGUGAGAAGAUCCCAGGGAACCCAAGACGAGACCAAGGAUGCCGUUGUGGAAAAUAGACCUCACAAUGAGGCAGCGGGACCCAAAACUGCCGGAGCGAGCAUUGCCAGGGGCACUGAAGGUGGUGCCGAGGUUCGGGCCGUGGCUGUCAAACCAGAGGCGCCGGCGAGAUCAAGCAAAACGGACCUCUCCAUUCUCAAGAGCCACACCUACAUUUUGCUCAGCAUUGGCCUGUUUUUCACCUAUCUGGGCCUCUUCACCCCGCUGUUUUACAUCUCCCGCUAUGCCAUAUCGCAGGGUGUUUCCGAGUCGACAUCGUUCUACCUACUCGCUGCGCUCAAUGCGUGUUCUUUCUUUGGCCGUGUCAUCCCCGCGUAUCUGGCGGACUACUAUGGCCAUUACAACAUCCAGGCCAUCUGCAUCCUACUGGCCGCCAUUAUCGGAUUCUGUUUGACCGCCACUACUAACCUGGCAGGUCUGAUUGUUUGGACUUUGGCAUAUGGCUUCGCUUCCGGCACGGUCAUUGCUCUCCAGAAUGCUUGCGCGGGCAAGAUUGCGCCACGGCAAAGCCAAGGCGCCGCUGUGGGAUUCGUGACAGCCAUCAUUUCCAUUCCGUAGGCUCCCGCUCCUAUCCAUGGCGAACAGGAUGCUCACUGACACUUCAUUACCGUGCGCUUGUGGGACCUCCGAUCAGCGGCCAGAUC